CACCACCUCAAAACUCAUCUCACAGGCUGUCCGUAAAAACAAGAAGUGGUAAUCAGAUGAAUGAGACUAUUUUCGCAAGUGCAGAUGCGGAAGCUAUUACCACCAAAAUGUUUAGGAAACCGGUGAAAGGAAAUAGUCGAGCUGUAGCGUAGGAACCAGUUCAAGCACUCGGCUCUGGCUGCUCCCCGAGCUGUGUCCUCGCCAUGAUGCAGCACGCCCAAGAAGAUCCGACUGCACCCGGAGAAGAAGAUGAUGCCUUUGGGGAAGGAAUAUCUUCCAGGCUUCCUGAAAUCAUGUCAAUAGGAUCACAUUCAUUCUCUCCAGGAGGUCCUAAUGGGAUUAUUAGAAGCCAGUCCUUCGCUGGCUUCAGCGGGCUUCAGGAAAGACGCUCCAGGUGUAACUCCUUUAUUGAAAAUUCCUCUGCACUCAAGAAGCCCCAAGCAAAGGUGAAGAAAACGCAUAAUUUGGGCCAUAAGAACAGCACCACGCCCAAAGAGCCCCAGCCUAAAAGGAUGGAAGAGGUCUACCGAGCCCUGAAAAAUGGCCUGGACGAGUAUCUGGAAGUUCACCAGGCAGAGCUGGAUAAGUUGACUACUCAGUUAAAAGACAUGAAAAGAAACUCACGCCUGGGAGUCCUGUACGAUUUAGAUAAGCAAAUCAAAGCAGUGGAAAGAUACAUGAGGAGGCUGGAGUUCCACAUUAGCAAGGUGGAUGAGCUUUAUGAAGCCUAUUGUAUUCAAAGACGACUCUGUGAUGGUGCCAGCAAAAUGAAGCAAGCCUUUGCAAUGUCUCCCGCCAGCAAAGCCGCCCGAGAGAGUCUAACUGAAAUCAACAGGAGUUACAAGGAGUACACAGAGAACAUGUGUACCAUAGAAGCAGAGCUGGAAAACCUACUGGGGGAGUUUUGCAUCAAGAUGAAAGGUCUGGCUGGCUUUGCUCGGCUCUGCCCAGGAGAUCAAUACGAGAUUUUCAUGCGUUAUGGGCGCCAGCGAUGGAAGCUGAAAGGCAAAAUAGAAAUGAAUGGCAAGCAAAGCUGGGAUGGAGAAGAAAUGGUUUUCCUCCCUCUCAUUGUCGGACUGAUCUCCAUUAAGGUCACAGAAGUUAAAGGGCUUGCUACUCACAUCCUUGUGGGAAGCGUUACCUGCGAGACAAAAGACCUGUUUGCAGCUCGGCCUCAGGUGGUUGCAGUUGACAUUAAUGACCUUGGCACAAUAAAGCUGAACCUUGAAAUCACCUGGUAUCCCUUCGAUGUUGAAGACUUGACCCCAUCUACUGGAAAUGUGAGCAAGGCAUCUGCUCUCCAGAGGAGAAUGUCCAUGUAUAGCCAAGGCACUCCAGAAACGCCAACCUUCAAGGACCACUCAUUCUUUUCGAAUUUGCCAGACGACGUCUUUGAAAACGGAACGGCAACCACCGAGAAGCGACCUCUUUCUUUCACUUUUGGCGACCUGCCUUACGAAGACCGUGUGCCCUCUGCCAACGCAGCAGAGUCCUCUUCUGCUCACAUCAGCUCCAGCCCUGACAUCACUGCGACCCCCACCCAGCACCGAGCUCUCAAGUCCUCCAAGAGCUCAAGCCUGGACUGCAGCAGCAGCGACUCCCGCAGAGACUCUGUCGCUGAGCCCAAGGAGCUGCCGUCUCAGGGAGAGGGAGCAGUGGUUGAGAACAAGGCCACCCCGAGGGCAGCUCCCGAAGUCUGCCAAAAUAACUCUGACGCUGGGAGUGAUCGUGUCUUUAUAGAGACGAGCGUCCCGGUGUCUCUCCUGCAGGACACAGAUGAAGGUUCAGAGCUUAAGCCCGUGGAGCUGGAUACCUAUGAGGGCAACAUCACAAAGCAGCUGGUGAAAAGGCUUACAUCAGCAGAGGCACCCAUGACCCCAGAGAGGCUGCCAUGUGAGGGAUCGAUUAGCGGGGAAUCAGAAGGAUAUAAGUCUUAUCUAGAUGGAAGCAUUGAAGAAGCCUUGCAAGGGCUUCUCUUAGCUCUUGAGCCACAUAAAGAGCAGUAUAAAGAGUUUCAGGACCUGGACCAAGAAGUGAUGCAUCUGGAUGACAUCCUAAAACUGCCUGGUACUUUCCCAAAUUAAGUGCUUUUUGACAGCCUGCAGCCCCUGUUUCUUGCACUAUUUGCCAAGGAGGUUCAAGCAGGCAAAGCUAUUAUUUUUUAACUUUUUGGCUGCUCUGCAGCUUUUACAAAGAUGCCAGCUAUCCAAAGAGCAGAGGGACAACGGACACUGUCUAUUCACACUCCUUUUAUCGGAAGUUACAAAGGGACAAACAUGGGAUGGGGGGGAAGAGAGAGGACAGGCGUGUGCAGGCAGGAUUCCUGCACGCUGGAGAAGGACGCCUUUUCCAGACCUGCUUUAUGUCUGUGUGCCGCCUAUUGAUCAGCUCGCAGACCAACACUCAGCAUCGCCAGCGGCCGUGCUGGGCUCCCCAUGCAAAAAGGUGGAGCUGGAAUCCAGCUGCGGCUGAAGAAAUCUCUCUUGGCAACAUCAGAUGGGCAGAGAAAGGGAGAAGCCCAUACGUUGCUGUUUGCUGUUGCCUGAAGAAGCCGCACUACCAGCCCUGAAAGAAAUGGUAGCUAAACCCAUCAGCACCGCAGAGGAAGCGAGAUAGAGCAUCCACCUGUCUCACAGAGGUGUUUGAUCAGCUAAUGGCUGUACGGUCAGUUUAAGGUGUCAAUCAUGUCCAGUGCUGCAUCGUAAGUGCUAACAGAUGACCAUUAUAGCAUUAAUACUGUGUGCAAAUUAAUUGGAAACAAAACUCCAAGCCUUCUCAACUCUCGAGGAGCUGGUGGUGAGUCUGAACUUGGAGGCCGGUGCAUUUCUUUCUAAAACUGAGACAAAGUCUCCUGCUUGGGACUGGAAGAUGUGGCUUGUGGAACGGCACCGGUGGCUCCUGCUGUUCUGGGCAAACAGUAACAUAGCGUUAAAGACGUCGAAGUCAUUGCACAAACCAACAGAGGCGAUCCCUCAAGUUACAUCUGAUCCUGCAAGGUGACCCUGGAAGCAAGUCUGUGGGCAUGUCUGGAUGAAUCGCCAGGUGGGACCGGGGCCUUUGACACCUCCUACAACAACAACAGGGCUUCAGUGGCAUUUCUUCCUAGCAGUGAGACAGGAUGGCUUCCCCUCCUCUCCAGCACUGUUCAUUUCCAAGUUACAAUACCGGCUUUCUCUGUCACCUAGGAAUCUGCACCCAACUGGCUUUUCCUUGAUAAGCCAUGUGGCUUCAAAGGCCACAAAAGUCCUCCCAUCCCAUGGAUAAGUCUGCAGAUAUGGGACCAAAUUCAUUCCUGGCUAAGGUCCUUUGGAGUUGCAUCUGGAAUAAAUCUGAUAGUGCCAUUGGACGUGUAUAAAUUGGCUUCUGUAUCUUCAACAGCAAUUAGAGAACGUACCUUCCCCUUUCAACUUCCCGUGCAUUAAUUGCCGUUUCUCCUUUUGGAGGAUGCUGAAAGCUGUGUCACUUGGAUUCAAGAUGUACUUCUCAUUCCUAUAAAGCACAUUGAAUUUUGCCUUUGAGGGUUUUCCUUUGGGGAAGAGAAGGGGGUAGGAUGGGGAGGGGAGGAGGAAGGGAAGGGUUUUUCCAGUUCUCAGGCUUUGAUUGUAUAUGCUAUGAAUAUGAAGGUUUGAAAUGAAACAG